GACACUCGGGACAUAGUGGAGAGAGGAAGCGGCCAGAGCAGCAGCAGCAAAGUUACAGGGUCCAAGUUGAAGUCCACAGGAAGAAGUGCUGCUGUGGAGAAGAAAGAGAAAGGAGUGUCAGCAGAGGAGGAUGAAAAACCUCAGAAACCACGAGAUCCCAACAUGGUCAUCCAUGUGUGCGAUGAGACCAAGAACCUGAAGCAGGACUUCACUUGUCCCAGAGAUCUUCUGGUCAAGGAGAUGCGUUACUUUGCUGAAUAUUUAUCUGUGGACCCCCAGAGGUGGGAGGAAGUUGACAUCUCAGUCCACUGUGACGUGCAGAUCUUUGACUGGCUUAUGAACUACGUCAGGAGGAACUCAGCAGGAGAGGGAAACAAGGACAAACCCCGACUUGAGCCCAGCAAUGUGAUCUCAAUCCUGAUCUCCUCCGAGUUCUUGAAGAUGGACACGUUAGUGGAGGAGUGCAUCCAGUACUGCCACAAGCACAUGAGUGCCAUUGUGGCUACUCCCUGCAACAUGAACUGCAUAAACAGCAACCUGGCCACACGGAUCGCUGAACUCUUCAGCCACAACGAGGCCGACGACAUCAGGGACAAAAAAGACAAGUUUAAAAGCAAACUGUUUCAAAAGAAAAUUGAGCGUCUCUUUGACCCAAACUACCAGAACAGAGAUUCACCGGGAAAUGCCUCAACUCUGUACAGGUGUGGUCUGUGCCUUAAGCUGCUGACCAAAGACACAGAGAGGAAAAUUUCUUGUGUUCCAGGCAAAAUCAAUAUUGACGCUCGUGGAGAGAUCAUCUAUACACACAGCAGACAGAAGAGUUGGGAUGUGCACGAAUACAUCACAGGCCUGUAUGAGGAGCUCAAGUCCUGGGUCUUGGUUUACUGGAGAAUCUGGGGUACCAUCAACUACCUCACCUGCUUCCGAUGCCAGCAGGUGUUUGUAUGUGCAGAGCUGACGCAGUGCAAGUACCACCCAGACAGCGUCCUGUACCCUGGCAUGGGUGCAGAGAGAGGCUGGCACGGUGCAGGAAUAUAUCCGUGCUGCAACCAGCGGGUUCUCCGCUUUGACCCCACUGGGAUACCAAAGGUAUGCAAGGCAAAAUGGAAACUGAAGGCAUUUCUCUUUUCAGCCUGCAGAUGGCGCUGCAGUCCUUCACUACAUCUCAUCCUGUUUUUCUGUUUUCCAGCUGCUAAGAAGGCCAAAAAGGCUCACAGACCUCUGAAAAAACAGCUGUCCUCACCAAACUUCCAACGCAAAGAAAAAUCUGAGAAAUCACAGACCAGGGACAACACGCCUUUCACAGUAAGCGUCCAGAAGAGUAAGUGGGACAGCUCUCGCUCUAUGCGCUACAACCAGGACGCUCAGCGAGAGGAAGACCAGCGCCGCAUGGUGGAGAUCAUUGGCUACCUGACAAAGAUGAGGUUUGGAGACCAGGAACAGAGUAAAUCCAAGGAUACUAAAGAGCCUGCAGGGGGGAUCUACUCCAGACUUGAAGUGCAAUUUAGGAGCUCCUCUCAAGUCAGACAGAGUUCAGAAAAGACACCCAGGUCUAAAACACGCUACGCUCAAAUCCGAACAACAUAAAGAAGCUAAUGGGGGGAAAAAAGGCAGUGGAGCUGCUAAAUAGACCAGCAUUAAACCAGAUGAAGAGGACAGAGACUCGCUCCUCAACCCCAGCACUUGUCAGCGCCUCCCACCCCUGCUUAACUCAGGUGACUAUGUAUGGAUCACCGUCAACCACAUCUCCUCUCACUUGGACCCGCUGUGUGUUUGUUCAGCUGCAUCCAGUCCACAAAAACAACAAGCAGAACUGUGGACCCAGCUCGGCUCAUUAGAAAUGCACUUUGACUUUCCUCGGUGUUUCUUCAAAGACGGACAGGUGGGGAUUUCUACAGAAGGCAACUGGAGAAAUGUAUGGAAGUCCACUCAUGCCAGUGGGAAAAGAAAAAGUCAUAUUUCAUAGCAAUGGCAAACAUGUAUCUUAUUGUAAAAUACAUAGUUUCUGUCUGUCCACCAACUCCUACACAAUCAGGAGUUAAUCAACAAAACUUGGCACACAGGUACAUCUUAGGCCCCUAUAAGUUCUUACCUAUAUCAGAUACUGUGGUGUAAUCACAUUACACAACUACCUACUGACCAACUAAAAGGACACACUUUGUGUUUAUGCACCUAUCUCACCUUAUACAAGCAUUGUAUCGUUUCAGUUUCACAACAGUAGCAUCUCAUUUACAUCAGAUGUUAUAGUUGUGAAUAUUUUGAUAUGCAAUAUCAUCGUGUUGCUUGGCAACCACCUGGUAACAGAAUAAAAUUACAUUUAUGUAGUAGAGCAGGACAUGGGCUGUAGUAGUAAAGGUAAAUUUAAAAAAUAAAGAAAUUACAAAAAUGCCACAACAGAAAAAGUUUUGAUGUAAAAAAAAAAAAAAAUCAUAAAUCAAAUUGACUUGAACUGAGGAAAAAAACUACAUCAGGAUACUGGAAAACAUGUGUGUCUAAAGCUCCAAUGACAUUCUUUUAAAUGCUAAAUUGAGAUCAAAUUUAAUUUUGAGGUUAAGAAGUAAAAUUGAGAUAAAUGUAUUGUAUGUUCUAUGAAAAUCGGUCAAAAAGAUGUCAUGAGAAAAAUUUAUGAAAAAAAAAAAUUUUUUUCUUAAACUGGCAGUGAUUAUCUUCCUGGAUGGCUAGUUGAAGAUGUUACCUUCUUAAACUGACAUCUUAUUUCCACCAUAGUGGAAGGUCAGAGAUGUGUCGCAUGGAAAUUUUACUGCAUCAACUCAAAUUUACACCCAGCCUUACAUUUACACUGUAAUUCUGCGUUCUGUGUAAAGCUCAUUCUGUAGGUGAGAAGGAUGCCACAUUAAUUCCACCAAGUUCUGCUAGAGAUGUAGUUCUAGUCUUUCCUGUGUUUACUGGAACGUGACUGUGCCAUGUACCACACCUAGGCCAAUAAAAUACAAGUGGCUAAAUCCA